AUGGAGAAAGUUGCUAAGGAUAAGUAUGUGAAACUGUUUCAGAGGGAGCACAAAGAUGCAAAAUUCAGAGAGUGUGGACUAUUUAUUGAUGAAUCUGACCAAUUCAUUGGAGCAUCCCCUGAUCUGCUUGUUGAAUGUUCCUGUUGUGGAUUAGGGGUGCUAGAAGUGAAGUGCCCUUAUUCUAUUGUUAAUGAUUUACCAUCAGAAGACAAUCUUUCCUACCUGGUAAAGAUUAAUGGCAAAAUUGUCUUGAAAGAGAAGCAUGCAUAUUUUGCACAGAUACAGGGACAAAUGGCUGUGACAAAGAGAACAUGGUGUCACUUCCUGGUCUACACCCAAAAGGGUUAUCAUCUGGAGCUAAUCAAGUUCAAUAAUGAUUACUGGGAAAAGAUAAAGCAAAACCUAAUUUGGUUUUAUAAUAAGUAUUUAAGUGAAUGA